GGCUGCAGACCGCUCUUCUCUUCCUCCGAGCGCUCAUUUUUUUCUUCAAUUCGACAUAAGCGUGCGGACUUCUUUUAGGCCACAAGGACGAAUAAAAGUGCGUAAAAAGGAGUGAGAAAUUUUGUUGAAAUGACGUGCAGAGACAAGCGGGCACAUGGAGAUCGUAACAAUCAUGGCAUAGUGAGCCUGUGCUAAAUUAGAAGGGACACUGAACCGUACAGGGCACCGAUAUCUUCAUAAGAGGGGUCCUCACCUAUGGAAGGCUGAAGAUGACAAAGGGACCCUCUUUCACAGUCUCCAUGACCAUGUGGUGAGGCGCCUAAUGUCCUGGGAUCAUCCACGUGAGAAAGAAAUCUUAGAAGAGAAGAGCGUUCACUUUGCAGUAGGGAAGAGUUUCACACAGGGAACAUGGCCUCCGCCCCAGAGGAUGGCGUGGACCCACGACUGGCAUGCAUUAAACAAGAGGAUUGUGAAGGGAGUGCCCCAGAGGAAUGGGGUGUGAAACUAGAGGCGUGCGAAGAAAGAAUUUCGCUGUCGAAUGGGGGGACUGGUGAAGUUAAAGGGGAGGAUCUGGACAAUUUUUCAGUGGAAGAGCGUGCACACAAGAAGAUUUUAAGACAGGGUGUUUGUGCAGAAUCUCAUUCCAGUGCACAGCUCUGGUCCACUGAUUUGGGACGGCUGGCAACCCAGCAGAAUCUCAUAGAGUUGAAGUCUGAGGUAUGCGAGUCUGAAGAGGAAAUCGAUGAAGGAAACGGGAAAGAAGAAGAGCUGCGGUCAUCUAGGAGUGUUAGAACAAAUUUACAUGAGAACUGCAGCUUCCCACUAUCUUCAUUUGCUCAGAUGCCCCCUCAAUGUAGACUGCAAUGCAAACAGUACAAGGAGAAGAUGCAGAAAUCAACAAGAGGAUCGGAGAAUUUGACAGCAGCCUCUUUUGAGUGUAGUUCUCUUACUGCUGAGCAAACAAAGAGAGAAGCCAUGAACACCGAAGAGCGAGCAGUUCAAAACUCAGAUAAAGAGGCUUUACAUGCUAGCCAAGAGUGUGGAAAAUCUUCUAAAUCCAAAUCUGACUGUAAAGAUGGGUCAGUCCAAACAAUUCAGAAGCUAUCUGGCCGUUCUGAACAUGUUGAACUAUUUUCACACAGCAAAAGUCUUCCUGGACAUAAAAGGGCUCACAAUGGAGAAAUCCCCCCUUGCUGGUCGGAGUGUGGUAAACAACUACUCAGUAACCGUGUUUUUCAGAAGCAAACACGUGUUUGUACUGGAGAUAAGUCUUUCAGCUGUGCCGAAUGUGGCAAAAGAUUCUUUCAGAAAAGAAGUCUUCAAAAUCAUACAAAAAUGCAUAGUGGAAAAAAACCUCAUUGUUGUUCUGAAUGUGGUAAAGGAUUCUCAUUUUUAAGUAAUUUUCAUAACCACUUAAGAAUUCACAGUGGAGAGAAGGCUUAUCAUUGUAGUGAAUGUGGCAAACAGUUCAUACAAGAAAGCAGCCUACGAAGGCAUAUGAAAAUUCACACUGGAGUGAAACCCCACUGUUGUUUACAAUGUGGAAAACGAUUCUCACAAACAAGCCAUCUCCAGAGACACACACGAAUUCACACUGGAGAAAAACCGUACAGCUGUUCUGAUUGUGGUAAAUGUUUCCCAGACAACCAGAGUCUUAACAGGCAUAUGAGAAUUCACACCGGAGAGAAACCCCAUUCAUGUCAAAAAUGUGGGAAACGGUUCUCACUAUUAGGUGAUUUCCGGACCCACUCAAGAAUCCACACUGGAGAAAAACCGUAUUCCUGCUCUGAAUGUGGGAAGCAAUUCAUUAACAGUAGUCAGCUUCAGAGGCACUCAAGAAUUCACACUGGAGAAAAGCCAUAUAGCUGUUCAGAAUGCGGCAAACAAUUCAUUGACAGUAGCCAUCUUCAGAACCACACAAGAGUCCACACUGGAGAAAAACCAUAUAACUGUUCAGAAUGUGGCAAGCAAUUCUCUGAAAGUAGUGCUCUUCAGAGGCACACACGAAUUCAUACUGGUGAAAAGCCAUACAGCUGUUCCGAAUGCGGCAAACAAUUCUCUGACUGUAGCGCUCUUCAGAGCCACACAAGAGUUCACACUGGAGAAAAACCCUAUUGCUGUUCUGAAUGUGGCAAACGAUUCUCUGGCCAUAGCGCUUUUCGGCAGCACAAACGAAUUCAUACUGGAGAGAAGCCAUAUUGCUGUCCUGAAUGUGGUAAAAGGUAUUCACAAAAGCGAAGCCUUAACAGCCACUCAAACAUUCACUCUAGAGAAAAAAAAAGAAUUGGAGUUGAGGUAGCUAUGCUGGAAGCUAUAAAGAAAAUAGUCAGAGACCUGGGAGCGACGGCCAAAGUGCUGAUAAAGAAGGUGGACGAAUACCUGCGGCGGAUGGGUCGUGAGUGUCCCUUUUUAUAUGAUUUGGUGGUACAGGUUUUCCUCAGGAGACUCCAGGUCUUCGUUAACAUUCUUGAAAAAUGUGCAGGCCAGGUGGAAGGGGGACUUGAAAUUGGCCCAAUUCUGAACUCGUGGAGCAGGAGCUGCGCGCGUGGAAAAGGGAAAUCGGGCGAGUUUGAAAUUACGUCAUCAUCAUGCGACGAGGGACACGUGAUCUCGCACACUCGGCCGUGGCGUUAUUGCAAAGGUGAGCAGAAGAAGAAAGCAACGGGGAGAGGAAAGAGCGGCGACGGGAAAGAGUCGGUGAGCAGCGGGGAUGGGAAUACCGGGUGGGAAAAAGAGAUGAGAGAACGAACGGGACACACAGGGCUGCUGGGGUCUACGGCGGUCAGGCUGCGCACGGUGUGCAAAUUCUCGGGGGUCUCCGCGAAGCCCGUUUUAAUUAAACGGAGAUUUCGCUGGACUAGUGUCACUUUAGUAAACCGCUCCUUCCAGUCGAGGCUCAGUCUGGUUUACGGGAACCUUGGUAAAGAAGAGCAGAUGCUUGAGGGAGAGCAGAGUUUUUUUAUUUUCACACGGGGGAAAGGGGAUGAAAUGGAUGAAAGAGUGGCCCACAUUAAAGAAGAGGACUGUGAGUGGGGCACACCGGAGAAGUUGCUUGUGAAAGAGGAGGAUUACGAAAGAAGAAUUUCCGGCUGCAAAGAGGAGGAGGAGGAGGAGGAGGAGGCUGCUGACAUUAAAGUUGAGGAUUCUGAAGGUCUCUCUGUUAGUCUCGAACUACAAAAGUAUGAAACUGGGAAUGUUUUCAAGCUAGACAUUUGCGAGGAAUCUCAUUCCGCUUUACAGCCCUGGUUGUCUAAUAAGGGACAACUGUCUACCCAGCAGGAUUUGGUGAAAGGGAAAUCCAAGUUUCCGGAGUCUGCAGAAGCAAUCAAGGAAGGAAACGGGACAGAAGCAGAAGAGCAGCGGGUGUCCGGGAGUGCAGGAACACGUUUUGAGGAGAAUGGCAGCUUCCCCACGCCUUCAUUUGGUCAGACCCCUCUCCAGUACAGACUGCAACAUCAACAGGAAAAUGAGAAGAUGAAGAAGUCAACAAGAGGAUCAGAAAAUUUGACAGCAGCCUCUUUACAGUGCAGUUCUCCUACUGCUGCCCCACAAGCACAGGUAGAAGCCAUCAACACUGAACAACAACAAAUGCAGAAGCCUGUUGGAAUUCAACCUGGACAGAAACCUUACUGUUGCUCUGAAUGUGGCAAGCGAUUUUCACACAGCAGUAAUUUUAACACACAUAAAAGAAGUCAUACUGGAGAGAAACCUUACUGCUGUUCUGAAUGUGGGAAACGAUUUUCACACAGCAGCAAUCUUCAUAAUCAUAAAAGAAUCCAUAGUGGAGAGAAACCUUUUGCUUGUUCUGAGUGUGGCAAACGCUUCUCACAAUGGCCUCCAAGUGAGCAGGGAAUCUUAGAAAGGAAGAGCAAACACUUUGAGGGAGAGAAGAGUUUUACACGGAACAUGACCUCCCCUGAAGGUGAGAGACUGGCACACAUUAAAGAAGAGGAGUGUGAGUGGGGUACACCAGAGGGUGUGUGUGUGAAGCUGGAGGGUGGUGAUGUUGCCAUUUUUAAAGAGGAGGAGGCCGAGGCAGGGAUGCCUGACAUUAAAGAUGAGGAUUUCGAAGACUUGUCAGUUGGCCUUAAAUUGCAAAAGCAUGAGAGUGAAAAUAUUUUAAAGCGGGAUGUUUGUGAAGAAGCCCCUUCCAGUUUACAGCAGUGGGUCACUAAUACAAGGCAGCUGGCUACCCAGCAGAAUUUUCUAGAACUGAAAUCUGAGUUUGAAGAGAAAAUCAGUGAAGAAAACCGGAGAGGAGCAGAAGAGCAAAAGUCCUCUAGGAGUGUUGGAAUCGAUGUCCAGGAGAACUUCAGCGUCUCUACAUCUUCAUUUGUUCAGACGUCUCUUCAGUUCACACUGCCACACAAACAGGACAAGGAGAAGUUGAAGAAAUCAACACGAGGAUUGGAGAAUUUGACCCCAGGAGCUUUCCAGUGCAGUUUUCUUCCCGCUGCCAAACUACCGCAGACAGAAGCCGUCAGCACUCAUCAACUCCAAGUGCGUAAUACAGAUCAGGAGGUUUUAUACACCAGCCAAGAGUGCAGAAACGACGAAGCUGACUGUAAAGAUGAGUCAAUUUGGUCAAUUCAGAAGCCAUAUGCCUGUUCUGAAUGUGGCAAACUAUUUUCACGCAGAAACAGUCUUCACGAGCAUAAAAGAAUUCACACUGGAGAAAAACCCCAUGUCUGUUUGGAAUGCGGCAAAAGAUUUUCUCAUAAAAAGAGUUUUCAAAACCACGCAAAACUUCACACUGGAGACAAGCCUUACUGCUGCUCGGAAUGUGGUAAAGGAUUCUCGUUUUUAGGUAAUUUUCAUAACCACUUAAGAAUUCACAGUGGGGAGAAGCCUUAUUGUUGUAGUGAAUGUGGCAAACGAUUCUCACAAAUAAGCACAUUUCAAACCCACACAAGAAUUCACACUGGAGAAAAGCCCUAUAGCUGUUCGGAAUGUGGGAAACAGUUCUCGCGCAGUAGCCAUCUUCAGAGGCACCGACGGAUUCACACUGGAGAGAAGCCAUAUGGCUGUGCUGAGUGUGGCAAACAGUUCUCCGCCAGUCACACUCUUCAGAACCACACAAGGUUUCACACUGGCGAGAAGCCGUAUUGCUGUCCUGAAUGUGGUAAGCGAUUUUCACAAAGAAGGAGCCUUAACUACCACUCAAAAAUUCACACUGGGGGGAAAGAAUCAGAGCGGAGUUAACUGUGGGGACGAAAAAAAAAAGUAAGUGAAACUGUGCUGGGGUGCUGAGGUCAGCGGGCCUCAUCAAAAGAAACUUCAAGGGUUUCUUGUCUGCCUACCAAUUACCAUCGCAUCAUUUGGAACAAUUCAAGUGCUACAGCAUGCUUUAAAUUUAUAGGAAUAACUGUUGUGGUAGUCCAGCCUAAGCACAACUGUGAGCAUACAAAACCAAUUCCGAGAAAUGAAACGCAGACAGAAUU